AUGACCGUUGGUUCUCGCCCCAUGUGGUUCCCCGCAUGGAAACCGCUUCCGCCCAGCCACUCCCACGAUCUCCAACCCCACGCAACCCCAAGACGCCAAAUGUCAUCGAUCGCCCGACCACCAGACCCGUGUCUCGUGGCAAUUAUUCUCAUUGUGCGCUCGCGCACCGGUCCACGUCUCGUCUUCCACUAUCCUCCGAAUCCUCUUAGUGAGAACCGUAUCAAAACCACCACCAAGAGCGGCCGGCGCCUCUCGCGCACACGCACGCGACAGGGAUCAAAGAAUACCGACUCGAGCUCGAGUGAUGAAAGCAGCUCAAGUUCAGAUGAAGACGAGGAGGAAAGAGAAACCCAGAGCCAUGCUGGUGGCAGCUCCGUGUUGACGGGCCGCCGCGCGAGCAAUUUUGGCCUCGACGAUCAUUUCCCCACUGCUGGGUCUCCUGCUACCGGUGAGGCCCAGCGACCUGGGUCACUGGGCUCUGGCCGUGGCUCAUCAGUCCGGAAACGCGGUGCAGGCUCCGAGCUGGAUCCCGAGGACGAUGCGGGGAUGGCCUCUGAUCGACCCGAUGACGGCCCAGCAAGUUCUAGACCGCCCUGGGAAUCACUUCUGGGGUUGCCCGGCAGUGUGUGGGAGAAGCUUCUCAGUCCGUCUCGAUCCUGGCAUAAGAGGCGCUUCGAGGUUGGGAUUAAUGAUCUGGCGCUUAUUGGAUGGCCGGUUUUUGUGCGUGAAGAUGGAUCUUGGCGCAAACAACGACGCAAGAAGAAAAAAAAGCCCCGGGCUGAAUGGGAUGGUGGGGAGUUGGGUCACAACGAGAGCGCUGAAGAGGGUCAGAAAGACCAGAAGGACGAGCGAUUUGUUACUUCGCCUGAUCUGGGUGCCAGUGUCGCUUCCAUUGCAGAAUCACUGACAUCGCCAACAGACAGCAAACGAGGCUCGACUAGUGGAAAACCUGGGAAGCCAGAUGGCCUGUUAGACCCAGAGGACAAAGAUCAUAUGACGAUGUUCAAUGUGGUAUUUGUUGUGGAUCCUCCUUUGCUGGAAUACUCUAUGCGCGUGAAGGAAAUAUAUGAAAACAUCAUCAAGAAGUUUGCCAAGGCCCUCAAAUGGGAACAGGCUCGGAACGACUAUGUGUGGAAGGAAUCUCAACACAUCCUACAGGUCAGGAGAAGAGCCCGAGAGACUAAAACAUCGACCCAUAACCUUUACUCCGAAUUAAUAUCUCAAUCGUCUCUAGCGCGGGCUAUCUAUACAGUCUAUACUAGCAUAUCAGCGUCUAAGAUCGCAUCCGUUUCGCUCAGCCCGGAUGUUUCCAUCUCGCUCCAGAUCCCACCACUGACCUCCACACCAUAUCUUACUGGUCCCAUGGAUAAAGCAUAUCCAGGGCUGUGGCUCACGACAUCGGAUAGCGCAACCCCAGUUGAUGACCCUGGUAUUGAUGAAAAUAAUAUCCCGCACCAGGUUCUUGCAAAGCACUUUGCUCUACUCUUGUUGGACAGCGAAGCUGCCAUUAUCAAGGACGUCGAGGCAUCUGGUGGAGCGCUUGCUCCCGCUCUUGCGCAUUAUAUCCGAUGCUCCAAGCCAACCAAAUCAUUUGCGCAGAUAUCAGUAUCAUCAGGAAUCCCGCUAUCACAUAUUCAGAUGCUCUCGAGUCAUCUCGUAUACUGGCGUCGUGCUCGUGCUAUCCCGCCAAUUCACCAGCGAGAUACAUACAUUGUCUCCCCGAACUGUGACUUGAGCAAGCUGGAAAUCGCCACGAUCGCUUACCAGACGGCAUUCCCAACGUAUCCCAGUUUGCCAAAGAUGCUCUCCACCCUCAGUGGCACCCCUCGCCCUUACAGCAAUUUUAUCCCGAGCAAGGAUCACAAGGAGAUAUAUUUCACUAUUCUGGCUUGGCUCUUGCGCGGUGGUUGGGUUACCCAGCUUCGUACCUUCGCGCGCAUCAAAGUCUCACCUGAGAUCAAGAUGGCCGUGGAACUUGCCUUGCGCAAGGAGGAAGUUGACCGGUAUCUGGCCAAGGGCAUUUCAAAUUGUAUACCGGUUGAGGAAGAUACCGACUCGGACGAUGAGGAUGACGAUACGCACUCCUCCUCGUCAUCUUCCCUCGAAAGCCACGGUAGUGGAGAUGAAACGCCCAUGCCUGGUCGACUCGACCCACACGCCCAGCUGCGCUCUUCCCAUAAACUGCUCGAUCAAUCAACCGCUCUCCGGUUGUCCUCUUUCAUCCUCUCCCCACACCGUGCAUCCCCACUUGAGUCCCGCUGGCUUGACGAGAUCGUCUCCCGAUUCCCCGACAAUCCCAGAAGCGACCGGAGCGACGCAACUGCCAGCCCGGAUAUCACGCCUCAUGAUGUCCAGACCCUGCACAAAAAGUAUUGGCCUGUCUUCCUUAAGUAUUUCAAUGGCUACGAUGCUCUUGAGAAGAUCUGUGUGCGCGAAAAUCUCAAGCGCAAGCUCGUUUGGCAGGUUCUCAUGCGUCUAGGCUUAGUGACGGGUCCGCUGGGCUCGAUGGAACUUGAUCCGCGUGAACAGGUGUUGGUUGGUGUUCGGCAUUGGUAG